AUGGCAAGUGAAGAGGCGAAGGAUCCAUGGAAAGGAGAAGAGUGGGGGACGAGUGAGAAUCAGAAGACGAAGAAGCCGAGUGCUGGUGUUAAAACGGUGGCGAGAGCGAGAAAACAGAUCCCGAGGGGACUGGAAGAGAAAUACGAAGCUUACUUCCUCCCGCGAAAGCCUUGGCCUAAGGCUCUUGCCUUCUAUGGAAGUUUCAUCCUUGGUGGGAUCGGUGCUGGUAUGCUCCUAGAAGCUUGGAUCGACAAAAAGGUCAAAAAAGAUGGAGGCGUCAUUUGGGAAUUGGACAAGUGA